AUGGGAUAGUUUUUAGGGCAUUUACAAAAUGCAUAACCUCCCUAAUCAAAUCCAUUACUUAAUAAUUCAAUAUCAAAAUUACGUGAGUAUCAUGGGUCUUUUCAAUCUGUUUGUGAUACUUUUAGUAUAGAUUUGACAGAGUUUGAAUAGAUAUUUGGAAGUAAUGAAACAAUGUUUUAAAUAUGGGAUACAGAUAAUAAUGGGUAAUAUAGUAAUGAAUAUGUAUAGAUUGAUCAAUGCAUUGGAAUUGUUUUCAGGUUUAAUCAUUUUUGCAGAAAGUAAUUUUGAAGAGAAGGCGCGAUUUUUAUUUGAUCUAUUUGAUUUUAAUGAAUUGAAUUCUUUGAGUUUAGUAAGAAUAUAUGAUAAAUUAAGAUUGAUUUGGAUUUUAUGUUGUUAUCAUGUGCAAAUGCAACAUUCAAAAUAAUGCAGAUAAAUAAUGAAGUUAAUGAAGAAGAAAUCUCAGAUUUCUUAAGUAAUUUUUUUUCGGACAAUUAAAGAGUAAAUAUAAGUUAGUUUUUGAAAUGGUGUGUAAAGACUGAUGAGAUUAGAUAAUUUCUUUAAUUAAUAAAAAAGGAAGCUCCUGAAUUGAAAGUUACAGCACAGACAGAAUAACUUAGUUAGAAAAUAGAUGUUCUAAGAUAAGUAUUUAGUAAGGAGUUUGGUAAGAAACUCUUAUUACCAGAUUCGAAGCGUCCCUACUUUGAUUAGAGAGGUCUUGGGUAUUAAUAAGUAAGUAUUUUAGGUCAAUUUUAUCAUCUAAGGCAUAUCAUUCAAAGAUCUAAUGGAUUAGUAGUUUGGCAAAAAAAGUGUAUGCUCCUUAACCACAAGUGUUUUAGAAGGAUGUAUAUGCUAAAAUGAAUUGGGUAUAUGGAUUUAGAGGGAAAGAUGUGAAAAGGCCUUUACUCUAUAUAAAGAUGUAAUCUAAUACUGACACAGCAUUAAAUGAGAAGAUGAUUUUCUUUACAGCAUGUAUAAUAAUUGUGUAUUAUCCAAAAAUAAAUGAGCAACGACAUUAUUUAGAACAUGAGAGUGAAGUGAUAAGUGUAGCAGUGGCCAAUAAUUUGAGUUUGAUGGCCAGUGGAGAAUAUGCUGAGUAACCAGCUAUUCAUAUAUGGGAUAAUAAUACAUUACAUAAUAUUGGAGUGAUAAAGGGUGUUCAUUAGAAGGGUGUACAUUUAUUGACUUUUUUUGGUAAUGAUGAAUUGUUAGCAUCAUGUGGAAUAAGAGUAGCAUCUCCUAUUUUGAUUUAUAAUAUUAAGGAUUUCUCAUUAGUACUUUCAACUUAAGUGAAUGAAUUUGCAGUUGAUUUAUUGACUAUAAAGAAUUUUAUUGGUUCAUUUGGAGGUGCAUAACAUAGAUAGUAAUAAAUAAAUCAAUAGAAUUAAUUGAAUCCAUUUAAGAAAUAUGAGAACUCUUUUGUUGUUUGUACAAUAUAUUAAAUAAUUCAAUUUCAAUAUUAUGAUGGACAUUUUUUAACAAAAGAAAUUUAAUUGGAAUAAUAUAAUUUAUCAUCACCUUUAACUUGUGCAACAGCUUUGAGAAUAUAUUCAAGAGAUCCUUAUUUAAAAGCUUAUCAAUCUGAGGAAGGAGAGGCAAUAGUAAUAAUAUCAGGACAUUAAAAUGGAGCAGUGAUUUUGUGGGAGAACUUUGAGAGGAUGGAUUUGAUGACUUCUUAUAAGGAUUAGAUAGUUUGUAUUACUAGUUAUCAAUUUGGUAUUAUAAUUGGUACAGAUGCUAGUACUAUUCAUUUAUGGGAUUUUAAAUUUAAGAAUAAUAUUAAGAAUAUAGAUUUAACAGCAUUUAGUUUUAAAUUAUUUAGUUAUGUUAUAAGUGAUAUAGUGGUAGCAGGAGAUAAAUUAUUAGUGGCAUCAACAGAAGGAGAUGUAGUAGAAAUCUUUUUAUAAUAAAAAUAAGAACACUCAAGCAAUUCAUUUGUUAAUAAAUUAAGAGCAAAUAGAAUUAAUUAUAUUAUUUAAUUAAGUGGAACAUUAUAGGCAUUAUGUAUAUUGGAGAGACCAGAUAGUGAUGAUAAAUUAGUAUUUUGUGCAGGAUCAUAAUCAACAGUAUAUGGAUUUUCAUUAGAGACACAUGAAAUUGUAGAUGUAUGGACUAUUGGUGAUUAGAUAUCAUCAAUGGAUUGUAUAAAUUUUGAGGAUGGAGGAGCUGUAUUUGCAUUAGGUACAGUAUCAGGUAAAGUAUAUUUGAGAUUGGAUUGGGAAGAAUCACCAAGAUGGUAUGAUUGUAAACAUUAAGUGAAUGAUUUAAAGUUUUCAUCAGAUACUUCUUGUUUAGUUUGUGCAGUAUAAGAUGCAUUUGUUUAUGUGUUCUUUUUGAAUAAUACUUCAUAUUUUUAGACUGCACCUAAGAAAAUACAUUUUGAAGGUGAAUUUCCAAUUUGUUUAGAUUUUGUUGAUGAUUGUAAAGCAUUUAUUGUAGGAACAACAAUGAAGAAUCAAUAUAAAAUAGAAUUACCUGAUUUGAAAUCUAAAAAUUUAUUAUAAGAAAAUGAGAAAUUGAAUUCAACUACUUGGGUAAUAAGAUAUCCUCUUAGUUCAAGUAGUAAUUAAAAUUCAAAGAAGGAAUAAUAUUUGCCAUUAUUGAUUGGUGGUGAUGUGAAGAUAUUUUUAGCAGCAGGAGAAGGAGGAUAUGUAUAUUUUUGGAGAGAUAGAGAAUAAUUGGAAACUAAUUGUGGUGGAUUCUUAAGAGGACAUGCUAGUAAUGUUAGUAGAUUAUAAAUGACUAAAUCUUAAGAUGUAUUUUAUACUGUAGGAACUAAUGAUAAUACAUUAAUUGAAUGGAAAAUUGAUUUUAUUAAUGAUUUAGCUGAUUUCUCUAAACCAUUUUAAUAAGAUGAUAAAUUAUAAAUAAAUAAACCUGGACUUAAUAAUUUCUCUAUGGCUUCUAAUAAAUAAGAUUUUAAUUAAACUAUUGAUGAAAUAUUCAAAAGAGAAAAAGAUUAUUGUUUUUUCUUAAAUAACAUUUCUGACAAAUUUAGAGAUAAUUUUGUUUAAUUUCGAGCCACUAAUCAAAAAAUGUUAAAUGGAUUACUAUAAGAACUUAUUCCACCAUUUGAUAAAAAAUAACAUGUUAUGAAACGAGCACCUCCAUUAUCUUUGACUCUUGAUUAUAUUUAUGGAUUCUUGGCAUAUGAUAAAAGAAGAACUCUAUUUUAUGUUCAUUUCUAUAAUAAAUAAGAAAAGAAGAGGAGAGGAGGAUAAUAAUAAUAAGAUUUGAAAUCUGAAUAAAGAAAGAGAAUGGAGUAAAUGAAUUAAUAAAGUAUUAUGUUACCUGUUUAAUUCCAAAAAGAAAUGCUAUUAGCCAAAUAAGCUUUAUUACCUUAUGAUGAUUUUCAUAAUGAUUGUUAAAGACACUUUGUUUAUAUUACUUCUAGAAUAGCAGUUGUAUAUAAUCCAUUAAACAAUCAACAAAAAUUCUAUGAAGGACAUAGAUUCAAAAUUACAUGUUUAGCUAUUCAUCCAUUAAAAUGUUUUGUGGCUACUGGUGAAAGUGCACCAAGACCAUGUAUUCAUGUUUGGAAUGUAUUCAACACUGAACCUGUAAAGAUUAUUAGGACAAAUCAUAAAAAUGGUAUCUAUGAUUUAGUGUUCUCUAGAGAUUCAUUAUUUAUUGUAAGUAUAGGCAUAGAUGAAACAUAUUCAAUAUAAGUUACAUCUUGGAAAAAUGAAACUAUUAUAGCCUUUAGAAAUUCAGGGACAUUUCCUAUUUGUUGUGUUAUGUUCAAUCCAUACAAUAGAUAUGAAUUUGCUACUUGUGGAUAUUAGAAUAUUACUAUAUGGUCAUUAUAAGGGAGAAAUCUAAUAAGAAGUUAAGUUAUAUUAUCAGAUGAAGUUAAAUAUUCAAAUGGUUGUUUUAUAACUUGUUUAAGUUACAUUUCUUAUCUCUUAAGUGAUAAAAUAGAAAGUGAUAUCAUUGUAGGUAAUAACUUUGGAGAUUUAGCUUUGGUAUCUUGUGGUAAAUACAUAGUUGUAAAAGAGAGGUAUACUAUAUAUAUUUAUUAUUUAUUAGAGCACAUUAAAAAAUGAUUAAUUGUUUGAAGAUAUCUGAAAUACUUGGAGAUAAAGUUGUUAUUAUUACUUGUGGAGAAGAUGAAUACAUUAAAAUAUGGGAUACAAAAUUUAAUUUAAUUAAUGAAUUCAAUAUCCGUAAGACUGGAUUCUUUUAAGAUGGUACUCCUGCAAUUCGUGUAUUAUAUAUAUAUCUAUUAUUUAGAAUUUAUCUGCAUAAUCAAUUGAUAUAUUUUCAUGUAAAGUACCAAAAAGACAAUUGAACGAAGAGGAAGUGGAAGAAUCACAUAAUUUAUCUGUAAUGUUGGUUGGAACAAGGAAUGGUGAUAUUUUGGAAGCAGCAUUUUAAGUAGAAUCUUAAGGAUUAAAAUUAUAAUAAAUUAGAAAAUAAGAAAGUCAUUCUGAUGAUGAACAUAGUAAUUCUCAUGAUUCUAGUGGAUCAGAACAAUAGUAGAGACAACAUUAUACAACAACAGAAACUUUGAAAUUUAAUUAUUCUAUUUACAUGAGAUCACAUUAAUCAUAAAUAUUUGAUAGCAAAUAAUAAAUAGAUUUCUUUAAUAAGAAGAUGUUUAUUACUCUUCAUCCUACUUAACCAAUUAUGGUAUCAAUGGGAGAAGAUUAAAAAUUAAUACUUUGGGAUACUGAAAAUAAUUCAUUAUUAUUAGUUAAAAAUAUGGGUAUGACUCCUACUGCUAUUCGAUUGUCACCAGAUGGAGAUUUACUUGUAAUUGGUUUUCAAAAUUCUAUGGUUGUGAUUAUGGAUUCCAAAAUUUAGAAGAACACUAUGGGAAAAGUUAGUGAACGUUAUUUGUUACCAUCAUUGGAUAUUAUUAUGAAUAUCAAAGAUAAGGAUAAUAAGACUCCUGUUUUAAAUAUAGAAUUUUCACAUAAAGGAGAUAUGCUUGCCAUUUCAUAUGAUAAUGCUCGUAGUUAAAAGGAUGUAUUUGACUCUAAAUUGGAAAAGGAAGGUUCUUUCAUAUCUGUUUGGGUAAAUAGAGGUUCUCAUCGUACAUCAAAAUAUAGAGCAACAGACAAGAAUUUAUAUUUGAAAUAUACUGAUAUUCGUUGUCCUUCACUUUAUGAAUCAUAUUAGACUGAUAAUGAUACAUAUGGUGUUGCUGCAUAUUUUAUGACAUUUAGUUAAGAUGGUAAUUAUUUAUUAAUUUAUUAUCAAUUGAUAAAUAAUCAAUAAACAAGAAUUAACAAUGAUCCUUAAGGUGUUUAUAUAAUAUGGGAUUUAAAUUCAAAUACAUCAGUCAAAAAUUGGGAGACAAUUAAGAACAUAUAAUGGAAGAAGUUGAAUUUUCCAAAUAGUUUACAUUCAUAAUAUCAAUUUUAUGAUUCUUUAAUAGGUAAUCCAAAGUAGAAGUAAGAAUAAGAGACAAAUUUGGCAAAUGAAAUAUUAAAGACUCCUGUAAUGUCAGUGAUGGUAGAUAUAUCUCCAUUUUUAAUAUGUGGAAGUACUAAUGGAGAUUUACAUUUGGUAAAAUCAUCUUGUCUUUAUUAUGAUAAAGAUUUUAUCACAGAAAUUAGUAAAAAGUAAAAAUGUUUGGCUAAAUCAUAUUCUGCUCAUGUUUCAUUUGUGAAUUAGAUAGAAACUCAUUAGAAUGCUUAAUAUCUAUAUACAACAGGUAUAUUGGAUGAAUGUAUUAUGAAAUGGAAAUUAACAGAAGAACAAUAGAAUUGGGAUUUGGAUUAUUUGAUUUAUGAUAAGAAACAAGCUGAUUUAUUUUAAGAAGUACAAGAGAAAGAGAAAUUCAAAAGUUUGUUUUCAGAAUUAUUGCCUUUACGUUAAGGUAUAUCAGAUAAAGUAAAAAAUGUGGAUGAUACUAAACAACCUGAAGUGGAACUCAAAUUGGAGAGUAUAAUAGGAAGAAGAGCUUUUACUAGAAGGAAUAAUUUAUUUUAUGAUUAUGAUGAAAGAUUGAUUUAUGUGGCAGGAUGUAAUUUGGUGAUUGCAAGUUUGGAUGAUGAAGAUGAAUAAGAUGACAAGAUUACAUCUUAAUUUAAGAAAUAUAAUGGAGGAUAAUUAUAAUCAGAGAAUAAUUCAGUGUUUUAAUAAUUCAUAAAAUUAGAUUAAUCAGAUACAUCAUCAUCACCUGAGAUUUCAUGUAUUACUUUGAGUUAAGAUAAGAAAUUAUUAUGUGCUGGUACAAUUGAAUUAAAUGCAAAAUUAUUGAUAUGGGAUAUAUGUUCAAGAACUUGUGUUAAGAAUAUUGUCAUUAAUAAUGCAGUUAUGAUAAUGAAUAUAAAAUUUGCAUAUGAUAAUAGACAUCUAAUUUGUAAUGCAAUUACUCAAGAAUAUAGAUAAGAAAUACUUUUGAUAGAUUCUGAAAAUCAUUAAGUAUUGGGAGUAGUAACAUAUACAUACUCAAUUCCAUAUAAGAUUAAAGAUUUAGAAUUCUAUCCUAAUAGUGUUUUUAGAUUUGUAACAUGUGGAGUGUAACAUAUGUCUUGUUGGUAAUUUGCAGGAGGUUCAUUAACAUUUUAAGCAAUGGAAAUUGAGAAUCCAAAAGAUUUAGUAGAAUUGGUAGAGAAUUAGAAUGAUGAAUAAGAAGGAGUUUAAGAUAAUGAAUAAGAAUAAGAUGCAUUAAGAAUAACAUUUUUAACUGUGAUAUUUGUUUAAGAUGCAAUUAUUACAGCAGGUGAAGAUGGAUUUAUUUAUGUUUGGGAUGAUAAAAAAAUAAAUAAAAAAUAAAAAGCUCAUCCAGAUUAACCUAUAUUUUGUUUAUAUACUAGUAAAGAUUCUUCUAUGUUUGUAUCUGGAGGUAUGGAUGGACGUGUUAUUUUAUGGUCUUUAAGUAAAUCUGAAUAUUCUUAUGUUGUGGAAAAGAUUUAUGAAUAUAGUAUAGCUAAUGAAUAAUUACAGAAGGUUGGAUUAAAUCCAAAUCUACAUGUUUAAUCAGUAUGUAUAGGAUAGAAUUAUAUAUUGGCAGGAACUAGAAGUGGUGAUAUUUAUGAAUUAGUAAGACCUAAUGAAUCUGAUUUGAAAUGUAAAUAUAUAUAUUUAAUAUAUAGCAUUAACAAAAAUAUAAAAGGAUAUGGUUAAAUUAAGAAUUAAUUGUACUGAUCAUGAUUAACCAAAAGUUGUAGCUUUUUCUGGUAAUGCUUAAAAAUUAUAUUCUAUAACAUAAAAGGGAUUAUUUGCAGUAUGGAAUUUAAGAAAAUUAAAACGUACAUAUUCUUUUGCAUUUGAAAAGGCAACUUUAAAUUUAAUAGUGUGCAAAUUAUCACCUAAAAUUAUUAUAGCUUUUGAAUAAGAAGUUAUUGUUUUAAAUGAUCAUGAUUAUAGUGUUAAUUCUAAUUAUUCUCUAAAAUAGAAAUCAGCUAUUUCAGAUAUGAAAUUGAGUGUUGAUGAAAAAAUGCUUGCUUUAGCUCUCUCAAGAAAUCAAGAAUAAAAUGCUAAAAUUGAAAUAUAUGAUGUUGAAAAUGAAGAAAAUAAUUUUAGAUUACUUUGUAGCAUUGACAAUCUUAAUACAAGUGUAGAAUAUUUGGAUUUCUCAACUGAUAAUUUCUAUCUAUUUUAUAAAGAUGUUUCAGAUGAAACUGCUCUUAUAGAUUUAGAUCAAUAGAAAAGAAUCAAUAGUAUGCAUAUGGAAUUUGAUUUGGAAUGGUGUAGUGAUGGAAUCAAAUUAGCUGAAAAAGCAAAAGGAGUACAUUCCUGUUAUACUGACGAAAAUAGAAUUCAUAAAAUAACAUUGAUUGGAGAUAAGUCUAUGGCUGUAAUAUAUUAUAUCUUAAAAAAUAAGGUUACUGAUGAUAUGGGAACUAUAAGGAUUUUCAAUUAUCCAUGUACUUCUGGAUAAGGAUAUAUGCGUAUAUAUACUGAUCAUAUGAUGUACAUUAAUCAAUGUGUUGCCAGUCCAGAUAAAGAAACUUUGGUUACAACCUCAGAAUAAGAUAAAUGCAUAAUGGUAUGGAAGAUACAGAAGGUUGAUGUCAAUAAUACAUAAUGA